CAAACAGAAACAGAAUUAGCAUAUUUUUCAUUUGCCCUUAAAGAAAGUUGAUAAAAAUGUGUUUCAUUUAGCAUAUAAUUCACCGAAUAUCACAUUGCCAAAAUGGAUCAGCUUCUGGAAGAGGUAAAAGCAAAUGUGCAGCAGAAAUUCAGUGAAAUACGUGCUGCAUUACAUAUGCGUGAAAAAUUACUGCUACGCCAACUGGAGGUAAUUGCAAAUACGCAACGCGAACAAUCAGCUCCCGUUUAUAUAGAAUACGACACUGAAAAUGACAAAGAAAGGUGCGAAGUGCGAUUCGUCACGGGCGAAGAUGAGGAGAAGCUGCUGACGGCUAUUCGGAGCUUUGGGCAAUUUCAACUGGACAGCAAUAUGCAGUUGGCGCUCCACCGCCUGCAGGACAACAGAACAGCUGGUCUGCGUAACGAGGACUAUAUUGAGCCGGUCGAUGACCAUGAGACCAUGUACAAAUGCCUGGAGGAUCGGGUGGACAGCAGCAACUACUUUAAUCUGAAUGAUGAGGUGCAACCAGAGGCCAUUGUGGUGGACUUUUCGCGCAACAAGGCGUUGCUCGAGGACAACGCCAAGCGAUCCAUAAUCAAUAUCACCUUGCAGGAAGCCAAAGAUCUCAUACGUCGAGCUAAAAUCAAGCGCGAAACAUUUGUGCCACCGCUAAAUCUAGAAGAACUGGACGACGAACUUGAAUCGUCCAUAGCCGACGCAGUGUCUAGCCUGGGACGCAGCUGCCCUGAUCCUCCGUCUGGCAAGCAAAAGCCAAAGACGCGCAAGCCCCGCUUCAAACCAAAGAUAACCAUCAACAAUUGCAAUGGCACCAUCAACCUGCGCAAUAUCGCCAGUCUCACCAUCAACUGUGCCAGCGAGGAUGCUGUCAGCGCUGAUCUGCCCCUAACCGAUGGCGCUGCAGCUGCUGCUGCUGCAGCGCACACAAACUUACACCAAACGCUCUCAGCGGACUCGAGCAGCACCGCCACCGAACUAUCCAGUUGCACACCUACCAGCUCCAACUACUCCAGCAAUGCGAGCUCUCGCUCGCAGUCCAAGAAGCACAAAGGCGCUAAGAGAACAGAGGUCAAAGAGGAACCUCUCAAAGCCAAGAAAGAGCCGCAUUCUCAGAGUGUGGAGAGCACGCCAACACAGCCCACCUCAACGGACACAAACGAUGUUACCUGUGACUUUUAUAAUCGCCUCCUAAACGAAAUCAAGAAGAGUCUAAAACAGAAGCCCACGCGCACAUAUGAAGCCGCACAGCAAGAGGCAGCAGCAGCCGCAGCAGCAGCAACAGUCACAAGCAGCGAUGCAGUGCAGCCAACUACUGUUGCAGCCGACUCCAGUUGCGAGGAGCAGAGCCGAGGAGACGGGCCGGUCCAAGUCUCCAGCACGCAGGGCAGUGAGGCCAGCAAAACAACAUUAUCAUCGCAGCUGCAGCCGGGCAAGCGUUUGGUAUUGAAGAACUUUGAGAAUUUGAAGAUUAUUUUGGAGGCCAACAGCGGCGACGAGGAAUCAUUUCAUCCGGUGCAAAUUGAGCAGUGGCUGGCAGAGAUUAUAUCCGAAACGGACCUGGAACCCAUGCAAAACACGGACAUUCUCGAGCACAGCAAAAUCCAUAGCACCGAAAGCAACUGAGCGCAAAGUGUUUCAAAGAGCAUCACAGUAUUUCAUAGAUAUACAUAAAGCAGAAAGCAUACAUAUAUGCAUAUAUAUAAUAUAGUAUCUGUAGAUUCCUUAACUGGCGUUACUAUCACAUAUUCACGGCUUUUGUGGUCCAAGUCUAUGCAUUUAAGAUUUCGAUAUGUACCCCUGAAAAAAACUAAAACUAAAAUGUUUCAUGUACUUAAACUUAGCCUGAGUACUGCUAAAUGCACUUUAUUUUGUGACUUGUACAUCACAUUCCAAGACUUAAGAAUCGCACUAUAUAUUACAAUACACACUUAAGUUUAGCACCUAAGAUUUAGGCCAAUUUCGUUGUCACCGUAUUGCAAACCAAAAAAGCAAAAACAAAAACAAAAAUAUAUUUGUAUAUUUCAUUAGAGUGAAAGCGAAACGAUUUGAGUACGCAUUUAACAUGUU